CAUAGAUUUUUAGACACUUGCUCUGUUCUCGCUCCCCUGCUUUCCUCUCGCCGCACCAAAACAUUUCGUCUUCACACCCAAACACCCUGCACUUCAUCAACAACCUCUCGCAUAUUCUUUACUUGCCGUGCCUUGCUCGUUCUCUUUGUUGAAUUCAAGCUCUGCAUUCAGAGAAUUUAGAUGGGUUCCUCAAGAUUUUGCGCUUUUGGUAUCCGAUUCUGUUUUUCUUUGGAUCGGAGUAGCUUUUCAAAUUGAAACCCAGAUUCCAAAAUUCAGUCUUUGUAAUUUUUUUUUAUUCCUUUGCCAAAAUUUGUAUCUGGGUUAUUUGAAUUUUCUUCUCUUUUAUCGGAAUCGAUUUUUUUGUUUUGUUUUGUUUUGUUUUUUUUGGCGUAUUUACUUUGGUGACCCAUCUGAAGUUCUCUUGAAUCUCAAUCUCUUUUUGGCUUCUGGGAUUGUAUUUGAGAGCCUUAGAUUCAGAAAGAAAGCGAGAAGGUAAAAUCAGCAAGUAUGGCUGCGGCUAAAAAAAGCGGUAAAUCCAAGAAGGGUGUGGAGGAAAGCGAGAUGGAAACAAGCCUGGAUUGGGAGAUUAACGAAGACAAGGACCUUGGUUUUAGCUUCGAGAGCCAGCCAUGGAAGCUGGGUUUUAAUGAAGCUUCCAUGAUCUCAAAGAGGCCUCUCAAGAAAAUCAAGAGCCCUGAACGUCAAGACCCAAUUCAAUCCUCUGCUUCUUCAGCUCAUCAAGCAACUUCAUCAACCACUCCUUGUCCAUCUUCAUCAUCUUCAAGAAUAGUUUUUCCUUUUGCUUUUGAUGGCUCUCAGCAGCCUGUGCAAUUUCCCAACCAAUUCAAUACCACAACUGCGCCUAUAUACCCCUCACCAUUUUCACAACAACAACAACAACAAAAUCAGCAGCAAAUGAUCUCUUUUGCUUCUCAACAACAGCAGCAGCAACAGCAACAGCAGCAGCAGCAGCAGCAGCAACAUGGCAUGACUUAUCCGCCGCCCUUUUUGGGAGACUCAACAACUUGGCAACAACAGCAGCAGCAUCAAAUUCUCCAGUAUUGGAGUGAUGCUUUGAAUUUAAGUCCAAGAGGGAGAGUUAUGAUGAUGAACAGGUUGGGGCCUGAUGGAAGACCAUUGUUUCGACCGCCGGCAAUGCCUUAUAAUACUACCAAGCUUUACAGGGGAGUGAGGCAACGGCAUUGGGGGAAAUGGGUAGCUGAAAUUCGUCUUCCUCGAAACAGGACUCGCCUCUGGCUCGGCACCUUUGACACAGCUGAAGAUGCUGCCAUGGCUUAUGACCGCGAGGCCUUCAAGUUGAGGGGAGAGAAUGCUAGGCUUAAUUUCCCAGAGCUGUUCCUCAAUAAAGACAACACAUCAGUUUCCACAGCUCCAAGCUCAACAGCUACUUCUCCAACAGCUCAAGAAAGUUCAAUGCCUACCACAACCAGGAACCGUAAGCAAUCUCGAAAAGUUCAGAAAAAGGCUUCAAAUACGGAGGCAAUGCCACCACCACCACCACCACCGCCACAUACCGAAGAAGACAAUACCGAUGACGAUUCGGGAUUGGGGUCAAGUGAAGCUAAAACGAGUGAUGAAUUUCAGGCGAACAUGAAUGCUGCAGGAGGAGGGAAUUCACAGCCGGAGGAAUUGGUUUGGGGGGAUAUGGCAGAGGCUUGGUUGAAUGCAAUUCCAGCAGGUUGGGGUCCAGGAAGUCCUGUGUGGGAUGAUUUGGACACCAACAACAAUCUUUUGCUGCAAUCACAUCUCCCUUUUACCAAUCCAAAUCAGCAGAACUUUAAUAACAUUUGUCCUGAACUUGAAAGACAGCAAGACCACUCCGGUUCGGCUUCCUCCUCUUCCUCUUCAUAUCCCAUGAAGAACUUCCUUUGGAAGGACCAAGAUUGAAAAGUUCAUUAUUCUUUUCUUUCUAAAGAUUGAGCUCUGCAAAGUGGUAAGGGAAUUAUAGUCUUUAGGCUGUCCCCAAUUCUCACUCACACCUCUAGGUUGUAGAAGUAGUUUUAGGCAAAAUUCCCUUGACAAAUCUUCCAAACACCUACCAAAUUGCAUUUCAAACUCCUCCACUCACAGUCUUUCUUCCUUUACUUCUUACUUUAUCAGUUUAGUCAGCCCCUCUUCUAAUUUCUCAUCACAGCUGGUUGCAGAUUUUCUAAACACAGCCAAUGAUCCUCGAAGCCUUGUGACUUUUUCUUACAAGGGAUCUUUGAAGCUUCAAAUUCACUUCGGUUCUGACUUUCAGUUCCUUUAAAUUCCUGCAUUUAUUCCUUCACACUCUCUUUCCAGGCCAAUCUGCUAUGCAAAAGGCUGCUUGUUUUUUCAGGCCUUUCAGCAGUGGCAAUCUGGUUCAUGCUUUGUGUUGCUAGUGGGUAGUAUUAUAAUGUCUGUAGGGUAUGUAGCAUAUGUGUAGGUAGGCUGGACCACCCGAGAGGGAGACGGUUUUGUGAUCUCCUUCUCAAACGCUCCGACCAUCACGAGCUCUCGUUUUUCAGCUCCCGGGAUGGAAAUGCCGAUUGUAGGACUUGUACAUUUUGGACUUGAUCAUCUAUAUAUUGUGUUAUUAUGUAUGCUUUUAUUGAUUGUAGCUGUAUUUAAUGGAACACUAUGCAUUAUCA